CCAGCAAGAAAUUUUGUUGGACUCAUUGAAAAAACUAGUGCAAAGAUUAUCAGUAAAAAGCUUGCUCUGGUCUCUCAUCAAACUUGCACAAAAUUUUAGGAUAGUGCAUAAAGUUUGUCAUUUUUUGGUUGAUGCAUCAUGCAUGCCCUUCUCCAGACUGAUUGAUUGUUUAAGUUCUAUGCAGUUUAUUUGGAUCUUCUAGCAAAAAGGCAGGUGAGGGAGUUUUCUUUGCGUGCAACAACUAGAAGCCAUCACCAUGGGGAAAACUGAGAAGGGCACUCCCAAGGAUCUGGCAAACCGGAUGAAAGCAAAAGGUCUGCAAAAGCUACGGUGGUACUGCCAGAUGUGUCAGAAGCAGUGCAGGGACGAAAAUGGCUUCAAAUGCCACACAAUGAGUGAAAGUCAUCAGCGCCAACUACUUCUUUUUGCUGAAAAUCCUGACAAGUAUCUAGAUUCAUUUUCAGAAGACUUCUAUAAGGAUUACCUUGAUUUACUCAAAAGGAGAUUUGGAACAAAACGAGUGCAGGCUAAUAACGUGUAUCAGGAAUACAUACAUGAUCGAAACCACAUUCACAUGAAUGCUACUCAAUGGGAGACUCUCACAGAGUUUGUUAAAUGGCUUGGCCGCGAAGGUCAUUGCAUUGUUGAUGAAACGGAGAAAGGCUGGUUUGUGGCUUACAUUGACAGGGAUCCAGAGACUAUUUUGAGGCAAGAAAAACUGGCUAGAAAAGAGAAAAAUGAAAUGGAUGCUGAGGAGAGACACCGGCAGUUUAUUGAAAGACAAAUUGAAUUAGGACUUAAAACAGCUAAGAACAUUCCAGAUGCUGUGUAUACAGAUUUAAAACGUGAGGGAGAUGAACCAAUAAAGCUAAACCUGACUCUUGGCUCCACUUCAAAACCUUCCCUCAUACCAUCCACUUCUGCGUUGAAAAUUAAGUCCAACACAAAGUCAACAGACGGAGCAAAAAAUAAGGAUAUCAAUAAAAAACGAUCAGCAUUAGAAGAAAUCAUGGAGGAGGAGAAGAGAAAAAAGAAGCAUAUGGCUCAAGAGGAGGAUAAAGUCAGUACUGCUGCUGUAGUUGCUGAUGACCCCUGGAUUAUCAAAGACAUCGUUGUGAAGAUCAUCACUAAGAACUUGGGAGAGACCUACUACAAGCAGAAAGGCGUUGUGUAUGAAGUUGUUGAUCAGUACGGGGCUAAAGUGAAGCUAAUAGAUUCUAAGAAGAAACUGAAGCUCGAUCAGUCGCACCUGGAGACUGUCAUACCUGCAAUAGGGCGUCAGGUGGUGGUACUUAAGGGCCCUUAUAAACACUGCAAGGCUGAGCUCGUCACUUUGCAUAAAGAUAAAUUUGCUGCUACUGUGAGACUUAGCGACAGAGGAACACUAAUAGAAAAUCUUGCCUAUGAACAUUUUAGUAAAUACUGUCCUGCCGAAUGAUUUAUGUGUACAUAUACCUGAACUAAAUUUUAAGAAACUUGACUAACUUCUGUCCUGGACCUCCACAAAACUGUCUUUCCUACCCAAAUGUUAAUUUAAGUUCUUUCUUGCAUUUAGUUAAGACCUUGUGAUUAUAAUUUAAGCUUGACUCUAGUAUUUUGUUGAAUAACUUCUCCAUGGCCGUAUCUAAGUACAUUUUUUUAUCUGCUUGCGUUCAACAUGGAAUAAUUUUUAUUUUAUCUUGGUAUGUAUAACACUUUGUGAACCUACGAAACUGUUGAAAAAUAUUAGUAUAAUAGUUUAAAAGUGAUAGGCCUGGAUAUAGGUAGCUUAAAAUUUUGCAGAAGUACAGCCAAUCCUCUAACGUCCAAGACAUUCAAAAUUAUUCAUUGUUUGAACACAUCGUGGUUAAAAAUACUAUCUUCAGUAGUCUAAUUUUUUCCUCGAGCUUCUUGCUAGGCUUACUUAAACUCAGUGAGAGAUGCUGUUAUAACAGUAAUCACCUAGUAAUAUUGAAAUUGAGAAAUCGCUUCAAAUUUGCUGUUACUUGCGUAUCAGCCUCAUUCAUUGCGCUACUUCCCGUAACUCUACUCUACAGUAUCUGCUCGCUCACAGACGGAAAAGUGUUGAAAAGUCAUUUUGUAAUUUAAAUUUCCAAUCCUAGUUCUAUUGAUAUGGUGAUUUUGGAAUUCAUGCAUAGUUUCACCUAAGACCGUUUGAAAAAACGACCUAGUUACUAUCCGCUUGUUAUUAAUAGAUUUUUUCUCUUUG